AAGUGAUAAUGGAAAUAGAAAGCGGGAUUCUCAUGGAGAGACCAAUGAAGGUCAACUACCAGCUAAGCGGAGAUGUGAAGCAUCAGAAGUAAUGAUACUCUCUGAAGUUAAGGCACUAAUGAGAAGUGUCGACAUAAGUCUGCACAACCCAGACAACACAAAGCUCAAUGCUUUCCUGAAGACUAAAAUCAUGGAUUUGGAGACAGAUAAGAGGGAGCUGGUUGGUGUCUUUGGCAGAACUGGAGCAGGAAAGAGUUCUUUGAUAAAUGCUGUCAUUGGGGAGAAGAAACUUUUGCCCACUGGAAGUAUCAGUGCAUGCACCUCAGUCAUGAUUAAAGUAGAGGCUAACAGGCACAACCACAAGUAUGAGGCGGACAUUGAGUUCAUUACAGCAGAGGAGUGGAAAGAUGAAUUGUGGUCAAUAAAUCUGUCAGGCCUUUAUGGAGAUGAGUGGAAAGAGAAAACACCUGAAAACGUCAUGGACAACAAAUACUUCAGAGAAAAUUCAGAAUUCCUCAAGUCCAGGAAGAAGACCUUGUCAUGCGACUCAGCUCAAGAGCUAACUGCAAAACUUGUCAUGUACACAAGAAAUAACACCAAACAAGGAGAAAGUAAAGAAGUAAAGAGGAGGUACUGGCCUCAGGUGAAGUGUGUGACUGUCAGGGUACCAAACAAUGAUCUUCUCCAGCAUGUCACACUCAUAGACCUACCUGGAAAUGGUGGCCGUAACAAGAGCAGAGAUGAAAUGUGGAAAGGGAUUGUUGAAAGCUGUUCUACUGUGUGGAUUGUGGCUGGUAUUGAUCGUGCUGCAUCAGAAAGAGAAUCUUGGGAGAUCCUGCAAAAUGUCAGCGGUCUCAUUGGAAAUGGUGGCAAGUGUCAGCACAUUCACUUCAUCUGCACCAAGUCUGAUGACAUUGAAGAUCUGGAUGAUCACUCAGCAGACGCUAUUCGCGCUUGCAUAUUUAAGAGAAACAUGGAAGCCAAGGAGGAAGUGUUAGAGGAAUUCAACAAGCUCCAGACAAUUAAGAAACACUUUGGUGACAACAGUUUCAAAGUGUUCACGGUGAGCUCCAAAGAGUUUCUGAAAGAAAAACAUCUAAAUAAAGAGGAAACUGAAAUACCCAAACUUCAGGACUUUCUGAAAAAUCUCAAAGACUGUCACUCGGAGACAUUAAACUAUGUGUCUGGAGCUCAUGGGAUUCUCUCCUUGAUUCAAGGGGCCAGAUGUGGAGAAGCGGAUGGUCAAAAAACUGAUGUUUGUGAACAACUUGAAAACAAAAUAAAACAUCAACUUGGCCCAGUUAAAGAAGAAAUGAUUAAAGCUUACAGAGCUUUUGAAACGCACCUCUGUGAAGGAGUGGAAACCUCAAAAAGUUCAUAUGAAAAAAGCUUUAAGUGUAUUAAUCCGAGAACGGCUGGCAGCGCAUUACAUAGGAUACUGACAUGUGUGGUCAACAAUGGUGGAGUUUAUCAGACCAAAAAAGGAAAAAAAAUAAACUUAAACAUGGAGUUAGCAUCAUUCCUGACUGACAGCAUCGAUGAAGAAUUCAGGAAGACAUUCCCAAAUGACGGAAAAGACGGGCCAUUCUUUGGUGUCAUCAAUAAAUUUUCAUUGGACACAGAGGGACUGAUUCAGGAGUACGAUGGUGUCAAACUGCAGCUCAUCUUUCUGAAGACAGAGGAAGAAAAAAUCAAGACAAAGCUGAAAAGAGAAAUCCGCGACCGCAAGAAAAAGAUCUACAACAGUCUGACGGAGACCAUUGCAAACAAUAUGCAAGACUGCUACAAGAGAGCAGCAGAAUUUAGAGGAAAGGGCUCGAUGCAAAACAUGAAGGACAUGAUUGGAAAACAUGUGUUUGAGUCUAAGAACAUCAUGUUUGACCAGGCUAAGCAAGUUAUGUUGAAGAAGCUCGAAGACUUGGUGGGGUACAUCUGGGAAACUCUGGAGAAAACAAUGAAGGAAUCAAUUGAGCUCUCACUGAAGACCAAUGACAACUCAAUCCCAGAUGUUUCAGACAAGCUUACGAUUGUAAAGAAUCACUACAAACAACUAGGAGGCAUCUCAGAGGAGGAAAUAUGCACUGAAUCCACGAUCAGGACGAUCCAGGACAAGUUCAAGGACCUGACAUUUUGUAGACAAAUGUUAAGUAAUAGAUUAUUUGCUGCUUUGCUAAAUGUUCUGUUCUCAGUUAUUUUGUCUUACAUUUUUUAAUUUGUUUUUAUUUCUAGAUAUUAAUACAUAUAUACACAUACUUUACUAGGGAGGAGUCAUCUUUUUUUUCUCUUUUGUUGUGGCAGAUUAUUUCCUUUUGAAAAAAUGCAAAAACGUAAAAUAAUAAUGUAAUGAGAGGUGCUGGUUGGAUACAAACUAAGAUUGUUUGUAGUUUCAUCAUACAGGUUAAACUACAAGGCCAGAAUCAGGGCCAGCUGAAUCAAUUUUACUUCCAUUUUAGUUUAAUGUGGCUUUGCUGGAAAGGAAUUAUUUUAAUAAGUUUGUUUACUUCUUGAGUUCUUGUGGUUCCUGUCUGUGAUAAUUAUACUCAUUAAAAAAGUUUUAAGGGGGGUGUGCUAGUGAGUCAGCAAUGGACAUGUCCCUGAGGGCUCCCGCUGAUUAAGUUUUAGAAAGUAUUUAUUUUCAGUGUACAAGGUCUCGCUUUGUGCAACAAGGGAGAGUUGAAAGGCUACUUUAUGGUUUUAUUUGAGGCAAAAAUGGCUUCCAAACAAAGGAAAUACAAGUACACCGGAGAGACGGAGACGGGGCCCAGCGCCUCCUCGGGCGAGAGUAUGGAUGGCGACCCACGAUCAGCAACUGGCUCUGCACCCUGCAAGAAGCAGAGUCACAGGCGGGACACUGAUAUUGCAGCUCUAAAAUUGAACUUCUUCAAACCAUCAAAAAGGACAUAUUUGCGGUGAUAAAAGAAGAGCUCAGAAAUGCACUUAAAGGAUGAAUAAUUAGGAUUUUUUCUGUAAAACUAUUUUAAAAUUUUCUCAUUUGCUGCGAGGGAUAAAAGGAAGCUUUCCUAUAAACAAUCUGUCUUUCUACAUCAACAAUGUUUUUGUCGAGUUUUUUUCCUUUAAAAUAAGAGUUCCAUGCUGGAAUAACUUCAGUGCAAUGUGCUGCUCUUUCCUACUUCCUGGUUCCUUAUCCAAUCAUAUGCGACUCCCCACGGUUGCCUAACAACAACAAGGCAGCAUUUGGUAUUUUAUGCCGGCAAAAGAGCAGCAGCGUGCAGGUAUGGAAGCUAGUAAAAGAAGCGGACCAGAAAUAGUUUCAGAAAAAAACUAAAAAGCCUCGGCAUCCUGCU